AAGAAAGCUUGUAGUGAAAAGAAGCUAGAUAGGCAAAAAAUCUUUGAAUGGAAGAAAAAGUAGAAAGCAGAAGAGAAUGUAUAGUGUUAUAAGACAAUCAUUUGAUGUGUGCAAAAUUGCUGAGUACGAGUGGGGUAAAAAAACUAGAAUUUCCCAAAAAUCCAGAAUACUUCUUCUUACUUGGUUGCUGUACAUUAAAAUAAUUUUUUUGCGGGAAUUUCCAACAUGUGGAUUCACGUUCCGAUGAAUCAGUUGAGAAGUGUUUUUUUUUCUCUUCCUUCUUGUUCCAAAUACAUACCGGUCUUUCUUCUCUUCACAUUCAGUACUGUCGUUGUGUGUUAUAUCUAUCAAUUGCUUUUAUACCAUACACUUAUCAUCAUCAUAAACAGAACCUAAACAUGUGUUUGUAUCAUUAAUACAUUUGUUGUCGGUUUCGGGAAUCACCAUAGCAAAAAAAUUGUACAUCAUAUUUCUUUAAUUGAUUUUAGAACGUGCUUCUCCUUCACAACGUUGAAAUGCAAAAGUCUUGUGCUCUUUUGAAUUUUAAAAUAAUUGUUAUUAGUGGAGCAUCGUGAAUUUAAAUAAUCAAAUUAAUACAGCGUAAGUACGUUUGGACAAAGAAACAUUGAGAAAAAUGAUGUGGUGUUUAUUUUAGACAUUGAUGAUAAGACUCAUUACAUCACUUAUUUUCAUUUGUCGUUCAACGUUUGCAUGCGAGAGGAGAGAACAAAAUAUUCUCUUUUGCACAUUCAAUUCAAUAGAGAUUUGUCAGCAGAAGCAACAAGUUGCUUUUGUUUAUUUUUUGCAUGUCUCAUUUAAUCGCGUCAUUUUAUGCAGUUCAGUUCAGUGUUUAAACAAAGAAGUAAUAAUAAAAAAAUGAACUUGAGUGAUCAGAACUUUUUGUGGAACUUAACAAAGGAUGAAUCAAAAACAAGUGAUUCAAGUUUUAUGAGCUCUUAUCCAUACACGUCACCUUCUUCACGUUCAUCAACAUCAAUGGAUUCUGGACAUGAUUCGCCAUUCCAUUCCUCAAAUGUUAAUCAAAAUGUAGUCGAUCAAGCACCGAAUUAUUACAACACAAACUUUCAAUGCUUUGGAAACUCAUUGGGAAAUCCCGCAAAUUAUAAUACAAUGCCGCAACCUUAUACUACUUCAUUCCCAUCUCCCUCAAUUUCCGCAUCAUCUGAUGUCGAUAAAUAUUGCACAACAAAUUUUCAAGAAGUACCGAAACCGGAACUAAAAAUUAUUGAACAGCCUAAAACAAUUUUUCGAUUUCGUUAUGAGACAGAAAUGCAAGGGCCACAUGGCAUGAUACAAGCAAAGCCUCACAACAAAAAUCAAAAAGUUUACCCUACCGUUAAAUUACAGAAUACUGAGAGUUUUAAUGACCAAACAAAAUUCUUGAUAAAGUGCUCUCUUUAUCAGUUUGAACCAAAUGAAGAGGUGCAUGCUCUUCAUCCACAUAAAUUAAUUAUGCGUAUAGGUGAUGUUGAAAACUGUGAUCCACAUUAUAUUGAAGUAUCAAAGCAAAAUGAUUAUACAGCGGUCUUUCAAGGUUUGGGAAUUAUUCAAACCAAAAGAGAUUGCAUGAAAAAAAUUUUAUAUGAAAAACUAAAAGCUGAGAAGCAACAUGAACAGAAUCGCAAGCUUUCCGAAGAGGAAAGUAAAUGUUUAUUUGCUGAUGCUGUUAAGUUGAUUAAAAAGACAAAUAUCAAUCAAGUUCGUUUGGGAUAUACAGCUUUUAUGAAAAAUAGUUAUGACAAUACAUGGAUAAAUAUCAGUGGUCCAAUCUACAGCACUGUAAUAAAUAAUAAGAAAAAUGCAAAAGUUGGGGAUUUGAAAAUUUGUAGAAUGUCUACACAUACUAGUGAAGCUGAUGGAAAUCAAGAAGUUUUCAUGUUUGUCAGCAAAGUAGAUAAACAAACAAUAAAAGUGAGAUUUUUUGAGACGGAUAAUGGCGAUGCAGACGGUGAAAUUAAAUGGGAAAGUUGUGGAAAAUUCAGUCCAUCAGAUGUCCAUCAUCAAUUUGGGAUUGUUUUUAAGACACCCCCUUAUAAAAAUGUUAGCAUAAUGGAAAAUGUAAAAGUAUUUAUUCAACUGUUUCGAACGACUGAUCAUCAAAAAAGUGAACCAUUGGAAUUCACAUAUAAACCUAAUAGUCAUGGAAAGAAUAAAAAAAAACGACCCUAUGAUGAUACAAUAAUUCCAACAGUAGUUGGAGAUUACACAACACCUAAUCAACCACCUUUUGCACCACAGUCUUCUGCAAACAUCCAUCCAACAUAUGAUAUAAAUCAAAACACACAGCAUCAUCAGCAUCAGCAAAGUCAACAUCAAAAUCAGCAUGAAAAUGAUUGGAACUUCCUGAUGAGUAUCACUCUCGAAGACAUUUCACUCAACAAUAUAGAGGAGAGUGAUAUUGAAAAGUACAGUAUGGACUGGAAUAAUUAUUUAGGAUUAGCCAUUGAUGCACCAAAAUCUUUGAGCAGAGAUUCGAUUGAUCAUUCAAACUUAUCAAUUAUGGAUAAACUUAAAAUGAUUGUGAAGUUGUUUAAAGAAAAUUAUGAAGAUGAGAAAAUUCAUGAAAUGAUGAUGGUAUUGAUAAAAGCCGCAGAAGAUAGGGAUGAAAAUUUGUUGAUUGAUGUCAUACAAUAUGGCACAAUGAACGAUAUAAAAGAGCUUGUGUUAAUUCUAGUGAAGUACAAAUUAUUUGAUGUUUUCAAAUCAAAGAAUGAGAUCGAUCAAAAUGCAUUACAUAUAGCAAUAAAUUUGGGCUAUAUUAGCCUUAUCAAGGUUUUUAUAAAAUUUGGAGUGGAUAUAAAUGAAACCGAUGCAUUUGGAUCAUCACCAUUACAUUUAGCAGUUCAGAGAAACAAUCUUGCGAUUUUAAAAGAAUUAUUAGACUCAAAUAAAUCUAUAAACAUGAAUGAGUUUGAUGAUAAUGGUCAAACACCACUGAAUUUAAGUGUGUUAAACAAUAAUCUUGAAAUUGCAAAGAUGUUGAUAAGUCACGGAGGAAAUGUCACGAAAAAGAAUCCAACAAAUGGUUUUACGUGUCUUCAUGUUGCCCUACUUAAUGAAAACGUAAAUAAAGAGUUAAUUAAACUCUUAAUUGCAUCAGAUAAGGAACUCUUGACACUUGAAAGUCAUGAAGGAUUGAACGCAAUGGAGCUAUCUGUUCGAAAUAGAUUGCCUGACGAUAUCAUUGAUUUAAUUUCAUCUUUUUAUGGAGAUAAUAAGGAGGAAGUUUUAGAUGAAAAAUGCUUACAAGAACUUUGUGAAAUUUUCAAUAAGAAUGAUAGUUGGAAAAUAUGGCUAUUAAGAAUGGAUAUGGCAGAUCGUAUAAAAGAAUGGGUCAAUUUAGAAUCGCCUGCAAAAGCAUUAUUUCAAUAUUUAAUCGUAAGUUUCUAUUUUCUCGAAUUGUUUCUGAAUCUCAUUAAUUUUAACUUAAUUUCUAAAGAAUACGAAGAAAACUUUACAUGACUUUAUUGAGCUCCUUGAGUUAACAGAUGAUGAUGAAAGAGAAUGUGCUCUAAAUGCUAUUGACGAAAUGGUGGUUAGACAAUUUAGCAAAUAAUACGGGCUUGGGCAGUGGAUAAGUCUAUGUUUUUUAAAUACAAAAAAAAAAUUAAAACCAUUUAAUUUUUAUGUAUUUUUUUAUUCGAUACCACGUUGUUACAAUAAUAUCCACCUCUUUGUUUUAUUUAAAAUUGCAAUAAAUGCCUUAAAAUGAAUUAAUAGAAAUGUAAUGUAAGAAUAUUUUACACAAUAGCGUAAUAGUAAUAAAUAAAGAUUCUUACUUUAUUAAAUAAAAUCUCUUAUUGAAUGACUCAUGGCAGGUGAGUCUCUUUUUUAAAAUGUGUACGAACGUGUCUGGGUAAAUUUUGUUUUCAUUGAACACGUCAACCAUAAUGAUCCUGUUGCUUUAUCUCUAUUAUUCAUAGAUCCUAAAAUAGUCAAAUUUUUAUGGCAAAGUUUUCAAAUGAAGGGAGGUAGUCUUAUUUGAGGCCACUUUACUACAUCACUGUAUAGAAAUGAUUAUCACAUUUAUCACAUCCAUAUCUUCGAUCAUCUGUAUGUUUU